CAUUUUCUAUGACCACGUAACUCACUACCAAACUAGAAAUAUUCGUCGGCAAUGGUUCGACUUUCCACCCUCCCUUGCAGCAACUGAUUUCAAAAAGCAAGAGAGCCUCAUAGCUGUGCGUACUUAUUCCUAUCUCCGCAAGCUGCAACAAGAAGAUCCUAGUACUCAUUAGUUUAUUUACACGGAAGCCGAAGCAAUGCUCGCCUCAAGUUUCGCUCCUAGUCCUGCAGGUCCGGCUGCAGCCUCGUCAUCUGGCUCCGUGACAACUGGGACAAGCUGUACGGCGCUUACGGGAGUUCAGCUGGCAUCGACAGAAGCAGGAGGAGAUUCCGUUUCCAGAUCACAGAUUCUCUCGCAGACCGCGACCACGAUUGCGCGAACCACAAGCAUUCCCGCCCCGCUCGAGCGGCUGCUUGCGGCCAUGCGGUAUCGCGGUGCGAUCAUGCAAACUGCGCAGCUCGUCCACGACUACCCCGCCGACCGUCUGGAUUUGUUCGACAAGAAAUUGAUUGAAGCCUCGCAGAACCCGUCUGCUCUGGCCAUGGGGGGCAUCGUGGGUCUGUACGCGGCGAUUUUUUUCGCGUGCAACAAGUUCGGUAAAGCCCGCCUCGACCGGAUAGAGGCGCGGUGGAGCAACAUGAGCUUCGUGAAGAAUUACGUCGCAAAAAGGUGCGAAUCGCCGAUGCAGGCACAGCAAGUGCAGCAGUCGUUUGGGCUGUUGGGCCGCAGCUUGACCCGGCAGGUAGCGGGCGUCGUUCCCAGUCUCCUCGCGAUCUACGUGUACGGGCUGGCUUCUGCGAGGGAAAUGAUCUCCUCGUUCGUCAAGGAUCGCAACACCGCACUCGGUGUGGAAUGCAGUAACCUUUACUUCGAGAAGGCUCCGCUAGACUGGCGAGCUAUGAAGGAGAAGGAAGCAGAGCUCGAUCAGUCUCAGUGAUGAACGAGAAGCAGCGCGCAUUGGUUCACAAGAAUAUCAUACUGAAAAUCAACAGUUAGAGUUGCACUCGGACUUACCGUGCGAUCUUUCUUCCGUAUGUCAGCAUGCGUCUCCAUCGCUCACCUAAGAAAUAGUUUUGUUGAUUUCCAUCCGAACAAAUAUCAGGAUGGAAGUCAAUGCUUUGGUACAAAAGCUGUCCAUCGCGGUUCUCGUCAGAGGGGAUGGGCAUCGGUUUGAGCAAGGCAAAAAAGGAAGGCCCGAUGACAUUUUUG